AUGUGUGGUGUACUGGCCGUCUUGAAUGCCUGCGGGAAGCGGGCAGACUUACGCGCUCUCGCCUUGCGGCAGGCUGAGCUUUUGAAACAUAGAGGACCUGAUAGUUAUGGCGUGAAUAUUCAGAAAACUAUAAAAGGCUAUAAUUGCUUGGUGCACAAGCGUUUGGCUAUUAUUGACUUGGAAACAGGGGAUCAACCCUUGUUUAGUACUGACAAGUCUUUAUGUCUUUGCGCGAACGGAGAAAUUUAUAACUAUAAAAAACUCUCCUCUCUUUAUCUUAGUACUGUAAACUUUGCAACUUCUUCGGACUGUGAAGUUAUCGUUCACCUGUACGAAAAGUUUGGCAAUGACUUUGUGAAAUAUUUAGACGGCAUGUUUAGUUUUGUGAUUUCUGAUUCGAGAACAGGUGAAUAUUACGCAGCGAGAGAUCCCAUCGGCAUCACUUCUUUCUACUACGGCUAUGAUAAAGAAGGGAAAAUGUGGUUUGCUUCCGAAUUAAAGGCUCUACAGGACGUUUGCGUUAAGAUUAGUGAGUUUCCUCCUGGCUGCUACUACAGUAGCGUGAAGGGCGUUUUUGUUCCUUAUUUUAAGCCUCUUUGGCACUCAGAGAAUUUCUUACCGGAGCCUCAAGAACUCCAUCUGGAGGUAAUACGCGAAGCCUUAACUGCCGCAGUUAAAAAGCGGUUGAUGACUAGCGUACCUUUCGGCGUGUUACUUUCGGGGGGUCUUGACUCCUCACUCAUCGCUUCUAUUGUCUCUCGUUUUUUUAAAAACGAUACCGCUAAACUCCACACCUUUUCUGUGGGUUUUCCUAACUCGCCUGACGUCAAGGCUGCGAAGGUGGUGGCCGACUUUUUAGGCACCAGCCACCACUCGUUUCAGUUUUCCCUGCAGGAGGGAUUGGAGGCAGUGCCAGCUGUGAUUUACCAUUUGGAGUCGUAUGACGUGACUACCGUGCGGGCGUCCGUCCCGAUGUUUUUGAUGUCCCAGCGCAUUAAGACAUCGGGUUUUAAGAUGGUUCUUUCUGGUGAGGGCUCUGACGAAAUCUUCGCUGGGUAUCUUUACUUCCACAAGGCGCCCAGCAAGGAGGAGCUUCACAAGGAAACAGUCAGAAAAGUUAAGGCGUUGCAUGCGUAUGAUUGUCUGCGGGCUAAUAAGGCCACUCUCGCUUGGGGCCUAGAAGCACGUGUCCCCUUUUUGGAUACACAAUUUCUUGAAGUCUGCAUGAGCUUGGAUCCCGCACACAAGAUGGUCAAUCCUCAAGAAGUAGAUUCCGAGGGGAGGAAAAAGAUUGAGAAAUACAUUCUCAGGAAAGCGUUUGAUUGUCCAGAACAACCCUACCUUCCUGAAGAAAUCCUCUGGCGACAGAAAGAGCAGUUUAGCGAUGGCGUGGGCUACGGUUGGAUCGAUUUAUUGAAAGAGUUUGCGGAAAAGGCCAUCACCGACAGGAUGCUUGCCGACGCAAAGUUGAGGUUUCCCUUCAACACGCCGCUGACGAAGGAGGCCUACUACUACCGCAGCGAGUUUGAGCGCCACUUUCCCGAGCCCCAGACGGCCGAGCUUGUACCUGGAGGCCCGACGGUUGCUUGCUCGACUUCCGCCGCAGUGGAAUGGGACGCGGCCUGGAUAGCGAAUCUUGAUCCCUCGGGCAGAGCUGUGUUGGGGGUCCAUGGCGCGAAGUCUAAGGUUCCUCGAGUUUGAUGCACC